AUGGAGGCCUUAGCAGCUGUAGGGCUGGUAUCUAAUGUACUCCAGCUCAUUGAGUGUGGGUAUAAAGUCGUUUUGAUGACGAAGGAGUUACACGAAUCUCGCCAAGAUUCAACCCAAUCAAACAACAAUACUGCCUUUGUGGCGCAGGAAAUGCGAGAACUCAGUGCGAGAGUUAUGAAAGACUUGCCAUCAUCUGGUCUGACUGAGGACGAAAUGGCUCUAUGUAGGCUUGCACAACAGUGCAGUGACCUUUCCAAUAAGCUCUUGGCGCUGCUUGAAGAUCUGAAAACCAAAAAGCCGGGAAGCAAACUCGACAUUAUAACGACAGUUCUGAGAAAUAUGAGGAAGAAGAACGAACGGAAUGAGAUCAAAGCGAACCUUGAUGACUAUAGGAAACAACUGCAGAUUCAAAUAAGCACUAUGUCUCGCUCAGACCUAGCACAAAAGCUUGAACAAACACUGAGUGCUACGUCGAUGUCCCAGAAAGAAAUGCUACAUCUGAGAGACCACGUACAAAGGCUCCAGCACAGCGUCAUGGUCGACUCGGAUAAUACGAUUACAUUUUUCCAAAAGCUUCAGGAAGUUGUAGAGAUACCAUUCAAGCAAGCCGCUAUCUUACAGAGUCUCCGAUAUCCGAGAAUGCAUGAUCGGUUUGAGAAUGUAGAGACAGCCCAUCAAAAGACUUUCCAAUGGCUUCUAGAGGGCCCAGAAACCCCUUCCGAUCAAGAGCAGCGAGAGUCUGCGGUAGGAAACAGUCACAAUGCAACUGAUUCCAAUCUAAAUACUACAUCUCGUCAAGCAAAAUACCAACAGCAUAGAGAGUUUUCUACAUGGCUACGAGGAGGGCUUGACAACCUUCAUGCCGAUAUACCUGGCCAUGACAUAACGCCUACCAGACCCUACAAGGAAAACAUAUUCCAUAUCACGGGAAAACCAGGUGCCGGCAAGUCAACUUUGAUGAAGUACUUAUGCCAAAGUGAGAUCACACUCAAACAUCUAAAAGCCUGGGCGGGUGAAAAAAAUCUCAUUCUUGCCAAAGCCUUUUUCUGGAGGUUAGGAGAUGAUGAACAGAAGAACCUAGCAGGACUCACAGCUUGCUUACUUCACCAAAUCCUCAAAGCGGCGCCUGGACUCAUCCCAGUCGCAUUCCCAUCACAGUGGGAGUCAGGUUAUGAGAAUAUAGUCCCCUUCGACCCUAGCGGUACACAGGCAUUUAACCUUCUGCUCCGGAGCGGUCGAGCCUUCGAAAAUCAUAAAAUGAUAUUCUUCAUAGACGGGUUGGACGAGUUUAGCGGCCGUCCUAUUGGGUUAAUAAAAGAGAUUAUUAGUUGGACAACAAUUAAUCCCGUAUGUCUCAAAAUAUGUGUGUCCAGUCGGCCGUGGAAUGAGUUUGAGAUUGGCUUUAAGGAUUAUCGGAGCUUUCGAAUCCAUGAGUGGACGCGUGAGGACAUCAAGAUCUUUGUUGAAGACAGAUUUGAAGAAUUUUCGGAAAUAUCUUCUUCUGUUAGCAAGGAUGACCUCAACUCACUAGCUAACGAAAUUGUCGACAAAGCCGAAGGAGUUUUUCUCUGGGUUCGUGUUGUCCUAGCGGCUAUCGAACAAGGAGUACUUAAUGGCGAUGAGGUCCGAGACCUUAGACGUAAGGUAGCUGCCUUCCCGACGGAGUUAAAUGAUCUGUACCAACAUCUCCUCGAUUCAAUCCCCGAGUAUGACCGCCAAAAGGCGUUCGAGCUUCUAAGUUUUACCUACGACAUUGGUAUACGAAUACCUGUGCCUAUACUCCAGCACAAGUUUCUAAGCGACCUCUCGAUUGACCCAGAUUUUGCAAUCAAACUUCCCGUACAUCGGUUACCAGAAGUGGAACUGCGAAGAGUCGUGGAUAUCGCGAGGCGCCAGGUCAAUGGGUUAUGUAAAGGUUUCCUUGAAGUAGUCUCCAUACGAAAGGACGUCUAUAAAGAGAUGGAGGGUGUAAGAUUCAUGCACGCCACCGCCGUGGAGUUCCUUUCCAAACAUGCAAGUCCCGUCAGCUCUUAUCUCAGCGGAAUCGAUACGGUAGAUCGGACAUGUCAAUCAUUUCUCGCUUUUAUAAAGUCGAUAAGCAUGAAUGAAUUUUACGAUUCAAAACGGAAUAGCUAUCGUUUUGAGAGAGAAUUUAUGUUUCAGCUCUCAUGCAUCAUGGAGAUUUUUAAAAACAAUGGCCUUGUUUUCCGCGAAGCAGAAUACAGUCCAAAGUCGAAGAGUCGAUUCCUUGGGUUUCUAGAUCAUGUUGAACAAAUCGUACAUCAGAGGUUCCAAAAGGGAACGGAAAGUAAGCGCCAACCCCCAUUAUAUAGCGCGAUUAGCUACGAAGACAGUUCCUCCUAUAGUUCUUCCCUUUUAUCUAUAAAUUUCAUCAUAGCGUUGCCAUUGGCUCAGCUCAUUACCGGUUUAGCCGCGCAAGACCUAUUAUUCGAGUAUUUUGAUAGGGAUGGGCGAUGCGAUCUUCGAACCCAGACUGACCCGGAAUUUAGGAAGCUAAUAAUGCAUGCUGUCAUAUCUGGGGCGUCUGGGCAGCUACACAAUCCAAGAGCCUUCCAAAUGUUCGAGAUGCUUUUUAAGGCUGAGAUCUCUCCUAACGCUCCACUGACUCUAUCAUUCCCCUCUACUGAAGCCAACGAUAACGGUGACGAUAACAGUGGCCUAUGGGCUUGGGUAUUGAGACGACUGUUAUUUAUGGACCCGCAGGCAGCAGGUUUAUACCAGGGCAAACAUAAAUAUAAUGGACAGUUGUACUACCGGCUCAUAGAACUCUUCGUCCGGUACGGCGCUAGUGAAGACUUUACUUUGACCUUCGGCCCUUGCUAUGAAGGGAUCGGCUCCAACCGACUUAUUGUGAGAGUCCACGCUGGCAAUUCCAAUUGUCAACGUACAAUCCUUGAUCUCGAAAUGUUCAGGGACAUAUGUGUCGACUAUCAGCUAGAUAUUGUUAGCUUUGCAAGGGAAAGGGGCGGGGUCCUCACCCUGAGGGAUUUAUUUGCUUACUGGUUCCCGCAAGACUGUAGUCAUCUCUACGCUUUACUCGACAAGAGAUGCCCAAUCUCGCCUGCAACGGAAGAUACAAUUGAACCUUGCGAUCCACACUUUCACGCGAUGCCGGUGGUGUUCCCGAAAGAACAUCGAUGCUUCAAGCAAAGUGAGUACGGGAGAGUAAUUGACACGUUCCGUAUGGAAGAGGUGCCAGACGGUUAUAGGCAAUGCCUUUCACAUUCCGAGAAGUGUUUCAGGGAUUUCGAAGCGAAGCUCGAAAACAAGGGAUUGAAACAUUUGUAUAAAAUGCAACACGAACGUACGUAGUACUGAUACAUAUCA